UAUGUACUAGACCGAAAAUGUCCUAUCGAUAUACAUUCUUAUCAGUUCACAUUCCGAAGUAUUCAUUUUAUUUUCUGGGAUUUUUAUAUUCUGACCGUUUCGAAUUCGGUAAUUUUAUUUUCGGCAACUAAACAUUCGACCAAUCUACAUUCUGAUUUCUAGUGGAUCUUUUUCUGGAAAAUAAUAUGUGUGAUGGUCGGCAACCACGACUGUGCCGCGGCGGUCUGUAUGAAAAUCCGUUCUGCCAAAUAAGUCGACGGAAAGUGAUUGGUAACACUGAUGCGCUCGUGCGCCGACAAUAAAUCGGUUGGACGGGCGGACAGAUUGUUCGAUGGAAGAGAAGAGCGGAAUCCCACCCAAAAACGGCAAAAACCAAACUCGCCGUUCCCCCUUCCACAUCCCUUUCAUUUUCGUUUUGUGUUUGUAAACAACAAUAUUAAUCACUGUUUUCGUUUUUCCGCUAUAAUAUAUUUCUCACGUCCGUCGUACGGUUUUUGAUUUGAACGCGUCCAGCGAUGUCGCUCGACUUCGAGGUUUUCCCGCCCGUGACGGUCGGCCGCCAACGUCGCCACCACCGCAAUGCGUUUGCCGCCGUUUUCGUGUGAGCGGCCGUUCACCACCGGACGACGGUCAACGGGGACGCCAGUCGAAUCGACCGAAUUCGAAACGUAAUAUUUUCGCGACUGGUUGUUCUAAUCAUUUAAAACCCACUUGCCCAUCGACGAGACAUCACUCGAUGAAAGAACCAACAUAGCUAGUCUAUUGGGUUUUAUUGGAUUUGUAUUUAGGAGCAAUCAUUGUGUUAUUAGAACAAUAAUUACAAAUUUGACAAGUGUUGCUUAACUUGCAUCAUUUUAAAAUGAAUAAAAAAUUAUUUAUGGCAAUGAGCCGCCGCCGUAUAUCAUGCCCAUUGGCUGUUCAACAGCUGUGGGAUGCGGUGAAAGUGAUACGUUUUCAAAGGCAGGUACCAGAUAUCGAUCGCAUCACAAAAUAUAUGACCAAAGUCCACAAUAUGUCACCAGAGGAAGUGGGAAGACAAUUAAAUUAUUGUGUUCGAGAUGGUCUUUUGAUUUUAACCAAAAGAGUUGGUAAUAAAGGUUCAAAAGCGGGAGUUGAAACCGAAGGAUAUAAACUUCCAGAAGAAAAAGCUGAAAAAGAUAGUCAUGAUUGGUAUUGUUUUCAAUGUCACAGUGCUGGAGAUGUGAUAAGUUGUACAUCUUGUUAUCGAGUUUUCCAUCUUUCAUGUAUUGAAAAAAAGGAUUUGCCAGAAAAUGAUGUUAAGCAUAAGUUCAUUUGUAAUAUAUGCAAAAAUUGUGCUUCUACUAAAGAAGCUAGUAAAAAGAUUAAAAAAAGCCAGCUCAACAGGCUUCUUUAUCAUACUACUGGUAGAUUAAGAGAAAAAAUACCUUUACCAUGGUCAGAACGCAAAAUUGCUACUACUGCUCCAUCAACAUAUGUUUCAGACAGACUUCAAUUUCAGAGUCAACUAAAAGGCAGUGAUUUGCAUUUUAACAUGAAAUGUGCAUUAAAAGACAAAGAUCCUUGGAGAAUAGAUCUUCUUAUUUUCAAAAUUAUAGACCUUCAAAUGAUUGAAGAUAAAGCUGAUGAUGAUGAGUAUAAAAAUGUUGAAGAGUUCCGAGCAGACAUAUUAACCUUUGUUCACAAUAUUAUUAUUUUUCAUGGCGUUCAUAGUAGUUUAGCUGAUUAUGGCCGAUUAAUGUUGAGAGAUUGCAAUCGAGAUUUGGAUGAGAUAAUGAGGUGUCGUUAUUGUUACAAAUAUUCUAUACAAAAAAAUUCAAAAUUUUGGUUUUGUAAACCAUGUAAGCCCCCACAUGAAUUAGUGUAUGCAAAACAAGAAGAUUUUCCAUAUUGGCCAGCAAAAGUUUUGAAAAUUGAAGGUGAUAUGUAUGAAGUAAGAUUUUUCGGAAGUGAACACCAACUUGGAAUUAUUGACAAAUCUCAAAUACGACCUAUAUCGGUGAACAUUCAUACCUUACAGUCUCAAGGUCGAACUUCUCAAUGGAACAAAGCAUGUGAGGAAUUGCGUCGUCAUCAACUUCAAUUGGAUAAAGUUAUAUUUGGUCUUGCUGCACAAUCAUCAUCAUCUUCCUCUAGUUCGUCUUCAGAAGAUGAAGAAGAAUCACUUAAACUUAAAUUGAAGGUUUCACCCAUUCUAAAACGUUAUGAAAGGAGAAAGGUUAAAGAACAGAAAAUAUCAAUAAAAACUGAGGCAAAAGUGGAGACAGAUACCGAGGAAUCAGAAUCAAAAGACGAAGUAAAACCUGUAAAAAGAAAACGAGGUAGACCGUUGUCUCUAGAAAAAAAAAUAAGUCCGCCAAAAAAAGUUGUUAAGAAAUCUUUAUUAAUUAAAAAAUCCAGUCCUGAAAACUCUGUAGAAAAAAGACCUAGAGGUAGACCCAGAAAAGUUAUUGAACCUGUAAUUGAAGAUAGUACUCCAGUUAAACAAUUGAAAACAAAAGUUAAAAGUACAAAAGAAAAUACUAAUGCAUCUGAAGGAAUUAAAACAUCAAAAAAUGCUUCACCGUUGAAAACAAAAUCUCCAGUUAAAGAAACUGAAGUAGAUGAAAAUAUAACAUCUACAACUGAAAGAUUAAAAGACCCUGAUGUUGUUGAAGAUGAAACAGUUAGUUCUUCAUGUCAAGAUUUAGUACGAUCAGUUAAAGUGCAAACAAAACCAAUUAGCAAAAAACCGCCUAAAAGCUAUAUAAACAAGAUUCGAGCUGAAAUGGAAAGUGAAAAACGUAAAGCUAUUGAACAACUGAUUGAACAACAUAAAGAGGAAAUUUCUUUACUGCAAGAAAACCACAAUAUUGCACUGUCCGAAGUAAAGAAAAAGCAAUGGUGUGUGAAUUGUGAAAGUGAAGCUAUUUACCAUUGUUGUUGGAAUACAGCAUAUUGUAGUCCUAAAUGUCAACUAAUUCAUUGGAGUAGUGAACAUAAAAGGCAUUGUCGUCGAAAAAGAUGAUCUUAAGCUAUUUAUGGGAGUAUUUUAACUAAAGAAAUAAUUUUCUUUUAGUUAAAAUCUGCCAUGUACAUACACACAUGCUUACAUCAUAUUUAUAUUUAAACAUUUUUAAAUGUAUUAGUAGUUUAUACUAACUAACGCAAUGUUUUACUUAAUUUGAGUAAAUUUAUUUUAUGUGUAGUAUCUUAUAUUAAAUAUUAACAAGAACAAUAUUACUUAAAAGUAACGUGAUUAUUCAAAAACAUACAAGUAUUAUUAAUCUUACAUUUUUUAUGUUAAUUCAUGUAUUUUUGCUGAUUGACUUUGUACCAUUAUUAUGUAUUAAUUGAUUGACUCACCUAUAGAGUGUACAGUAAAGAGUUGUCCUAAUAUUAAUCAAAUUUUUCAAAUAUAAUGUAAACAUCCAAGCAGUUACAUCUUCAAAUAUGGGUUUAUAUUUGGUCAAGUUUUUUUUUUGAAACCCUUUACCACAACUGUAUGUUUUAAUUUUUUUUUUCAAGCUAAUCUGCAUUAAAUGAUUUUUAUACAAAUUAAUAUACAGUAGCUGCUUAUUGGACUUGCGGCUAUUUGACUCAUUUGCCUAUUAGACUCAUUCAGGCUGGGCUGUAUACUAACUAUAUUCUGUGUGCUGAUCAAUAGUGCUCAGCUCCACCUCGCAUCCAAAAAAUAGCACAACUGCACGAGG